CGUUUUACGGAAACGGACCGAAGCAACAUGACAGCUGAGGAAGACCUGGAUGUGACCGCGGGAGCAGAACGAGAUGAAGAGGCCAAACUGCAGGUGUUAAAAGGUGCAGCAUUUCUGACUACGGUGGCGUCCGCAGGGAUGAUCGCAGGAUUCGGCUCCACAUUGGCGCUCGCCAAGAAGAAAAGCCCGGAGUGGUUCAACAAGGGCGUCACAGCGACGGCGGCAGUCCCGGAGAGCGGCGCAUCUCUGGCCCUCAGAGCUCUGGGGUGGGGCUCGCUGUUCGCCUGGUGUGGAGUAGGCCUGCUCGGCUUCAGCGUGUGGAAAGUCCUCGGCGUUCACAGCCUCCCAGAGUUCAGACAGAAGAUGCAGUCCUUCUUCCCGUCCAUCCCAAAGAGCGACAUAGCUGGAUCUGAACCUCUGGACUGGGAUGCAGUCUUCAAGUCGAAGUGACUCAAAUCAUCAGUGGGGUGAAAUCGAACGUGUACGCCGGCGUUUCUCAGACACUUGGCAGCUUUUUGUUUUUUUCUGGAAGCAGUGGAGGAGCCGAAUGAACCUACGAACCACUUUGAUCCCAGUUUGGUUCUAAUUUGGUUCCAGCUUGUCGAUAAUGGAUCAGCUGUAAGACGAACAGACUGAGUUCUGAUUAGUUUUCCCCACCGAUGGAAGCAGUUCUAGUAAAGACCAUGGAAAUGAUAUUUUUCUCUGAAUGUGAUUCUAUAAUUUCAUUCUGAGUU